AUGGUGUUUUCCAAGUUUGAUUCCCUUUCUGUUCGGCCACCGACACCCCCAAAAGAUCUCGAAGAUCAACCCCAAGCAGCCGACGAGGCGCUCAACCAAUUCCUCGAGGACCCGUUCGGCGAAACGCCCGCGCUGCCAAAAGUCGUUGCGGCCACCAAGAAUCUGCUCAACACACCGGAGCAGUCGCCCUCUUCCGACAUCAGCAUCCCCUCGAGCUCCGCUAGCAGCAGGAAGCGCGUCAACUUCGAGCUUCAGCUAUGCACUACACCCCACAAAAAGGCAAUCGCACGGUCCUGGACGCCCUCACGUAGCUCUCCACUGCGACCGCUACCACAAACGCGCGUUUCGAGACCUCUAAAGUCGAUCCUCAAGCCCUCGGACGAGACGGCAACUCCUCCACCCAACGACGAAGGCGCCACGGCGCACAAGUUCAAGACAUUUGCAGAGAUGCUGGAGUCUAUAGUGAAGCUCCUUGCUUCAUCAGAGCGGCCCUCGCGCAUGGACGCAUAUCACUCCCUGCAGAGGACCAUGCAAGCCUACGACAAAUUGCCCGACGAGCAAGCUCUGAAGCGGAAAAUGUCACUCCUGACCCAAUUCAUAAGACGCGACGUACAGGCGCAAAGUCCGACCGGGACUGGGCUCGACUCACAAAUGGUUGGCCAAUCUCUAAAGCUGCUCAUGGCUCUGUUUCGAAUCACGGAGGCAGCAGCAGCCAUGGACGAUGACUUCUGCGCCUUCAUUGUUGAUCGCAGCAUACAGGUGGCAGCCGACAGCACUAUGCCCAAAAUCAUUGUGAACACCCACCUGGCGACUUUGAUGCAGCAAAAUUUCCGCCCUAAGAUCAUGAACAACGCUCGCGUGGAGAAGCUACUGGACGUGUUAGACACCAUCCACGAGCGCAUUGGGGGCUUCUCAGUACAGGCAUAUCGCAUACGCAUCUUUCGCAAGCUGAUCCCACAGCGACCCGACGUCAUGAUCAAACAUACCGAACGCUGGUUCAAGCACUUACUCAAAGCUUUCAUGGCAACCCAGAAGGACAUCAACCAGAGUGCCCUGGACAUGGCACUGACUGCCGCAAAGACUAUUGGGGACGACCGCCAUGUUGCUAAAUCCUGCCUAGCCAUACUCAACCGUGGAGCUCCCGUAGUGAAACUCUUCACAAAAGAGCUCGAGAAGAUGCUGGGAGGCGAUCAUGCCGCUCUGGUACCCCAAAUAUGGGCUGCCGUGACUGUCUUACUGCGGGACUCAAUGAAUAGCGAAGCGUUCCCAUCACUCAAGGAAUGGCUGGAGCUGUUCCAAAAGUGCAUAGCGUCUUCCAAGGACGCGGCCAUGGUUCAGCCUGGUGAACUUCCGGUGCUCGAUCCAAAAUGGGUCCGACGGUCGCUCCCCGCUAUCCUACCGUUGGUAGAGACUCUACUGGAUGCAACACCUUUCUCUGAAAAAGAAGAGCAAGAAGACGAGCCUAUAAAGACAAUGUGGUCGGCAGUUCUCACAUCUCUGGUCGAAGCAAGCAGCAAAGAGGUGAUGGCGUCAAGUGAGACAAAAGAUGCCAUGGCACAUAUCGUUAAUCUGCUUCGUCGCGUAUGGGAUAGUCAAACGGCACAGCUGGCUGUAACGCAGCAAAACGAGGACACAUGGGCGAACAAAUUCUGCUUCCUCAUUGAAAGUGUUGUCCAGAAGCUUGGCGCUUUUCAUUUCGCAGAGAAAUGCCUUAUCCGGAAUGGGUCAGACGAGUUUGAGGUCGCUUCUACGCCAUCACAUCGUUCACGCCAGCACGGUACACGAAUAUCGCCCCUGCUCUAUUGUAUCGAUCUACUGGUCAACCAGUCCGAGGGCAAGCUGCCUGAUGCCAUUCGUUUACGAGCUAUCAAUUUGAUGCUGGAACCUUGCUUCAACACUCAAAAUACCCGCCUCGGCAGAUUAGAACUCCUCCGGGAGUGUUCAGCUGCUGUUGACAAGUCCUUGAGCACAACCUUUGCUCCAAGCUUCUGGAUGUCCAUUGCAUCAUUACUGCAGUUGUCUCUACAACAAACCACAUCAGACUCAUCCGAACCAGAAAUGAGGCCGCUGGGCAAAGAGUAUGAAAUGGUAGUUGAUGUUCUCGAACUAGGGUCUUCAUGUUUCUUGAUAGAACCCCGGGGUCACGAAGUUCUAUCUGUUUUCAUUGAAACUGUUCGAAAAGAGGCUGGAGAAUCAGCAAUCAUUCUCGCCGUCAUUGAAAAGGUCUCGGAUCGAACUGCUGCAUACGAGAAGCUGGACACUGACAAGGUUGACACAACCGUGAAAUUUCUUGUUGCUUUAGCUACGUCGAUCAAGGACUGCGCAACAUCCCAUCUCGCUGUCUACCUUCGCAAGACCCAAGAAGUUAUCCGGAUGUGGGUUCAGGAUGCUGACCGCAAAAUGCAGAGUUCAGCGCAAUCACUGAAAGCGCUGCAUGGCGAGGUUGUUGGCUUGUGGAUGGAAGUGACUAAGGCUAUUGAACGACUGCCGCGUAAGGAUGGGCAGAUUCUGUUACACCUUGAGCCCCUCAUUACUGCCGGGUUCGUGAGCAGACGUCGAGACAUUGUGAAUAUCUCUAUCGCGACUUGGAACAAGACUUUCGGAAAAGAGGAGAGCUUACGAUAUCCCUCUCAACUUGAGCAGGCCUUGCGUCGCCUUCGCAACACUGUGGAACUAUCUCUGCCGUCGCUGCCAGCUCUAGAAGGGGACAGUGUCGAUGGUCUAUCUUUCUACGAAUCGGAUAGUAGCACUGAGGAGGCCCGUCCAGCUUACAAGAGUCCUCGUAUCCGGGGAUCACCCUUCAAGAUCAUCAAAUCUGCUCGCAAGUCCACCACGCGGUCACCGGCACUUUCGACACCAGGAAGCAGAAGGACUUCAGCACGCCAAACACCAAAGGUCCGCUUACGUCAUGACAACUCACAAAUCCAAUUCGAACCCAUCGUCUCAUCCCCCUCGAACCCAUUCAACCAAGAAUCACAGGUUUUGACAGAACGACAGAAAGAGAUGAUCGAGCGCCAGAAUCUUUCUGGUGGCCUGUUCGCAGAUAUGGGGGCGCCAUCACCUCAACUUGAUGCCGCACCAUCCCCAAUGGAGCUGCACUCGGAUGCAAUGACCGCGGACGAUCUGCCAAUGAGCAAUGCUCGCACGACUCCAUCGAAAGCUUUGGCUGCAAUGGGCCCGAUGGAUGCUUUCCUUGGGUCCUCUCCUACUCCACAUGCUCGAAAGAAUACCCGAAAAAUUACCAGCGAUGAUACAAGCCUGGCCACUCCCACUGCUGUGCGAACGGUGAAGCUCGCCAACAAGGACGAUCUAGGCUCUUCUCCGCCUCGAUUUGAGAAGGAAAGUGCGGUGAACGCAGAGCAAGCCAACAGUGAUAUUCUUGUUGGGUCAAGCUUCGAUUACCGGCAACCCGAAACCCCUUACGACACAUCAUUUGAUGAAGGUACCACCAUUGACGAGGAUGCUCUUCUCGACGCUGUGGCCAAGCAUUCACAGAACGAAGACCCGUCCGAGGUUGAGCCUUUCUCUGACGUCGUUAUGUCCGAUGUACCUAGUUCGACCAUCGACGUGCAGCUUACAGCACAGCUUGAUGCUGAUAUAAAAGCGCAAACAGGAACUGGGACGGACGCCACAGGCAAACCUGCUCCAGAAUCGAACAAUGAGUUUGUGGAUGCCACUUCUCAGCCACAAUCAUCAAUGGUUCAUAUUGACCAAGUUGGCAGCGACACAGAGGUCGACGAGUCGGAACCUCCUCAAUCUAUGGUCAAGAAAACCUCGCGUGUGUCUAGAAUGGACACGAGGAGCACAAGCCGGGUUGGUGAUUCCUUCGACAGCACACCGAGAUCCAAGAGAGGGACGCCGCAGUCUCAGAGCGUGCGGCGCUCUUUCCGUCAAUCAGGGACCCCGAGUCCACUGCUAUCCCUUGGUGCUCAGAAGCAACGCAAAUUGACACCAGCAAAAUCCGUGGCACGGUCAAAGAAGACUACAAUGGAAGAGCCACAAGAGGAGCCGAACUCUACAGAACCGGUCGCAAAUGAACAGCCCGACUCAGAUGGCAUGCUCGACAACAUCGUUGUUGACAUGUCCCCCAAGAAAGGCCUAUCUCGUGGCAGGAAGCGCAAGUCCACAAGCGAUGCAGAAGUCGUUGUCCCCGAGACUCAUCGCAAGAGGGGUCCAGUCCGCCGCUCGCAGUCCCUGCUCAGCCAAGUGGAAAAUUCUCAAGACGUGUUUGUCGAGGACACUCCUGCGCCCAAGCGUGCCCGUCAAUCUGCCAGCCAGGAUGUCAGCGAAACUAAGAACUCACAAGCCCAGACUAAGCGUCUGAGCCACGUCCAAGUCACGCCCAAGCGUUCGUCAGAAUCCGGCCGUAGCAGUUCACUAGCCGGUUCUACACCUGCUCGAGAGGCUGCAUCAACACCUGCAGUCGCACCUACACCUGCCAUCUGCGAGCCUUCAGCGUCACAGCAAGCUGGUGUUGCAGCGACACCGAGUCGAUCAUUCACAGAGCGCGUUAUUCUCACGCCAAGAAGCAUUAUCAAUCAGCUGAAGAGCCUGAAGGACUAUCUCUUUAGUGCACCGCAGCUCGUAAUCGGUCGUGAGGAGGAAAGGGAGAUUGAUGAUGCCUUGUUUGACAUUCGCAGGAGUGUUUUGAAGGCUGGAUUAAGGGGCGAGAAGGAUGGGGAGCAGAAGUGA